AUGGAAGAAGAGCUUCUGGAAAGUUCAAAUUUUAAGCUAGAUUCCUUUAAAAGGAGCACAUCCGGAUGUUCGGACUUUUUAUUAACUGUACAAAAUUCAUUAUUUGGAGCUUUCUCUAUUAUCUAUAGUUACAAAGAGAAAACCUCAAUAGAGCACAAAAUUAAUGAAAAAAUAUCCCAGAUUUGUAUCAACUCUGUGAUUUGUCUUCAAUUGAUAAGGCUAAAUUGAAGAAUAAGCUUUGACACGCAAAAUAGCGUAGAUAAGCAUUGAAGAGUUUUAGGCUAUGCUAGUUUUGAUCAGAUUUUCGCAGAUUUAGGUUUAUUAUUUGCAUGCAUUAUUAUCUGUGGAAUUUUAAUAGCUAUCCCGACAAUUUUUAUAUUAUUCCUGAGUAUAAAAAGUUAUAAAGGAUUAAGCUUCGAUUCACAUUUAAUAUUUAUUCCAAAAGCUAUAUUGUCUAUUUUUUCUACUAUUGGAUUUGCACCUUGCACACUUAUGUUUAUGCUAGUACUGAAAUAUUCUUUAAUUAAUGAAGAGAGAACAGCUGAGUAUGAGUCAUGCGACAAUUGCAAUAUGAAUUUUGGAUUAUUUGGGGUAUUUUUCUCACUUAUUAAUUUGUUUUUAUUGCCGUUUCUUGUAUAUGGCAGAGAAAUUACCUCAGCUGAACUAAGGCAUACUUUUGCUUCAGAUAGCUUAAACUCAAGAGCACAUUCGUAUAUAGACCUCGAGAUGAUCACUUUUUCUUUUAUUUCCCCAAUUAUUUUCGUUCUAUUUAAUCAAUAUCGAUUUUAUUACCACCAGAUGAUUAUUACUGCAUAUUCAGCCUAUAUUGUUUAUAAAACAAUAAAGCAUUUUCCUUAUUACAAUUUAUUUUCAAAUGCAUCAAUAAUAGCCAGAAACUCAGAAAUAUUUUUCACAAGCCUAGCUUUUAUAUUCGGUGAAGCCAUUGACAAUAAUUCAGUAACCAUUGCAAUUUUUUGGAUUAUUAACCCAAUAUUGAUCUUUAUAAUUUUAAGUUAUGCCACAAAGAAAUUUUAUUCUGUAACAGAGAAUAAAUAUUUUUUGAUAAAUCAAUAUGAGUUUGAAAAGCAUUAUAGAUACACCUUGAUGGAUGAUUCUUGCGUGGAUAGGAAAAAAAUGCUAGACGAGUUCCACAAUGGUAGAAAAACAAAAAGGUUUAAUGCUGAUAAGCUUUUUAUCAUUUGGGAAACAAAUUAUUGCUUGUAUAUUCUGCGAGAUGAAAGAUUAGCAAGGCUAAAAUUUAAUAAAAGUUUUUCAUUAGAAUCACAAAUGGAAGGACGGUAUCAAGAAUGGAAAAUUCAUAAAUUACUCGAAAAAAAUAAUACUGGAAUAUAUGAAGAUAUUUGUACAAUUUAUUACUUUUUAGAGCUAGACAAAAUUAAGAGGAAGGAUAAAAUUUUGUGCAAUAAAAUGAUGGAUUUUUGAAGCGAAAUAAUUUCUCAAAAUCCAAGAAUUGGCAAAUUGAGUUUGCUUUUAAAUCAUGUGCAUGAAACUUUAGAUAGUGUUAAUAAAGGAUAUAAAAAUCUUCUAAAAACAUUCCCUGAUAGAUCUGCCUGCCAUGAUCUUUAUAACUCGUUGGAGACUCAAAUCCUCAGAAAAAAUAAAAGUAGAUCAUCUGCAUUUAAAAAAGACAAUCUAUCUUUAGUAGAUCAUCAUGAAAGCAAAAACAAGUUCAUGCCAUUUUCUGAUUCAAAUGGCUUUCUCAUUGUUUCUGCAGAUAAAAGUACUUUUGGAGAUAUUGUAUAUGCAAAUUCAACAGUAUCUCAAAUCUUAAAUCAAGCCAUUUCUACUAUUGUUGGUUCAAAGCUUGAAACUUACAUUCCAGCUCCUUAUUCAUGGUCUCAUGCACGACUUAUGAAAAAUUAUAUAAAAAAGAGCAUUAAUCUGCAAUCAAGUAUAAGAAUGUCUCAUUUUCUCCAAACAGAAAGAGGCUACAUCGUAGAAUGCUUUUUUAGAGUCUACUUAGUUUCCUUAAUUAAACACAUUUACUUCAUAGCUGUAAUGAAGCCAGUCUCUAAAAAACGAGAAUGCGCAUUACUUUCUGUUGAUGGCCAGAUUUAUGCCCACAGCGAAUCAUUUUUGCAGAAACUCCAAUGCACAAAGCUAACUGGAAAUAAUGAAAACAUUGAAGAUCUGAUUCCAAGUCUCAAUUUUUCGUCACUUUUAUCACAUGUUCCUGUACGACUCACUCAUGAAAAUCAAAUUAUACUUUGUGUUUUAAUAAAAAUUAAAUUGAGCUCAACGAUUCUAAAUUUGUUUCUUUUGGUUAAUGAUGAGACUGAAAUUGAAGAAUGAAAAAAUGGGGAUGAUGACUGGCAAAAGGUUUUAGUUGAAAAAUGCCCAAAUAAUUUUGAAAUAAUAAAAAAUUCAAACAGACUUACAAUACAUGAAGAAAGUGACGAAGACACUCGUUUAGGCAAUACAGAGUUAUUUGAGAAUAAGGCAGAUGAUAAAAUGAAUAUAAAUACUGCUGAAAGCAGCAUCUCAUCUAUUAAUUUUUUAAGUAAAUGACAUUUAGGUGUUGAAGAAAAGAUGAAAAAGAGUGCAGAAAAGAUAUUGAAACUCAUCAAAUGAAUUUUAAUUGUGUCGAUUUUUAUAGUUAUUUUUAUGAAUAUUGGAAUCUUUCUUUAUAUAUCCACAGAAGUAAGUCUUUCAAAUGAUCUAGCCAAUGUAAAAAAUCUUGCUUCUUAUAUUCAGCAAAUUACUAUUCUUGGCUAUACUUCUAGAAUGCUUGAACUUUCAACUAAGCAUCCAAAUAUCAAUGAAACAUUUUAUGAGUCAGCCUUCAAUGAGAGUCUUAAUCUUUUAGAUUCUCUUCACGAAAAUAUAAUUGAUGACUAUGAUUUAUGAAGUUAUUGUUCAAGUUCUGAUGUAGUCCAGCAAGAAUUAAUUCCUAUAUGGAAUCGUAAUUCUUUACAUCCCAUCUCUUAUCAUACACUUUAUGACGUGAUUGGUGAAUUUAUGAGUCAUGUAAUUUAUAUUUAGGGAAAAUCUUUUCUUAAACUUUUCCAGCAGAAUGAAUACUAUUUAGACGAUGAAUUCUUUUUGAUAAUAAACGGCUUAGGAGAAAGCUAUAAAAUUCUUAAUGGAUCUUUAUCGGGCCUUAUUGAAUGUGAGAAGAAACGAGUAGAAGAUGAUGAUGAAAUGAUUUUGGUUUUAGUUUUUAUAGCGAUAAUGCUGCUGAGCAUUAUAAGUACAAUUUUGCUAGUUUUAAUAGCGAAUUAUCAUCAAAAAAAUAAUCAAAUUUGAAAUUAUAUAAGAAAAAAGGCCAUCAAUGUACGUGCUGAGCUUUUUCAAAUAUGUUUUGACAGACUUUCAUUAAUUCACAACUCAAUUCCUGACCAGCAAGAAUUUCAAAUUAAAAAAUACUCUAAAAUGCAUUCAGUCUAUGAAAAAUCCUAUAUUAAAUUUGUGCUUGUUUGCUCAAUACUUAUAAUAACCUCUAUUCUGUGUGAUAUCCUUAUUGGAUAUUACUUCUAUCCAUUAUGCAAAGAUAAUUUAAUCAAGAGAUAUGAGCUUAUAGAAGCUUAUUAUAUAAGAGCUUGCGAAAUUUCUGAAGCAUGCUACUGGGCAGCUGAGCUAGCACUUGGGAAAAAUGAUUCUUCUUCUGAACUUCUUUUUCCUCACUAUAGCUUUGCAGAUCCAAAUCAUAUGCUUUCUGAUGUUAUUGAUAGAUAUGAUGCAUCAGUCCAUAUUACCUCAAAUGAGAGAUAUAGAGAAUUAUUUUCAAGAAAAUUAGAAAUUCUUUACUUCGAAAAAUAUCCUGAUGCUCCAAAUAUAAUUUAUCAUUUAGGGUCUUAUAUUGGAGCAAUUCUUUUAAGGCGAGAUUUUACAUUUUAUGCUUAUUCUAAUGUUAAGGAUAUAGUUAAACAGAUAGAUAAAUUUAUCAAUCGAGCUUGAAUAUUACAGACUCUAAUAAGAACAAGAACUCCAGUAUUUGAUGAAGGAUCUAAAGAUUAUGUCAAUUCUCAGGUAAAUUAUAUUUUUAAUGUCGUACUUUACUUUGGGAUUUUCUUAGUAGCAGCAUAUUUUAUUCUGUGCUGGCCAGUAAUUAUAAGUGAAAACCAUAAAUUAGAAAAUAUUUACGAAAUUUCGAAACUUAUACCAUAUCUGAUCAGUAAAGAUAAAAUCCAGUCUAGCUAA